UUAACACACAUCGAUCUCAGCUGUUCACGCGAUUAAAGCGCCACAUCUCGAACUGAGCCGGUUUGACUCGCUUCCCCUGCAGUUAUGUGUUUAUUUGUGUUGCUGAAUGUCGCUUCAGGGAUCUUUCUGCUUCUGAGAGCUGAAGGUGUUCUGGCUGCAGUGGCUUCUGAACAUGUUCCCCUGCGCUGCAGAUUGGGCUUCACUCCCUGUAAGGAUGGAUCAGAGUGUGUGCUCUACAGCCAUGUGUGUGAUGGAGAGAAUGACUGUUCUGACGGCUCCGAUGAAGAUGAAUGUGCCUCUGUCUGCAGCAUAGGUCAGUUUCAAUGUGCACAUGGUAAGAUGUGCAUUGAGCAACGGCAGGUGUGUGACGGUGUGGCUCAGUGUCAGGAUCGAUCUGAUGAAGUCGACUGCUUUAAGGAGGGCUGCGCUCAUCGUUGUGACAAAAACCGCUGCAUCCCAGAAUCCUUCAUCUGUGAUGGAGACACGGACUGUGCGGACGGCAGCGAUGAGGCCAGCUGUGAUGUUGACCCUGAUAUAGAUGAAGACAACAUUGAGGAGGAAGAAAAGACAGAGGAUGAAGUCUCAGAAAACACUCCUGUAACUAAAGGACCUCUGCGCUGUUCUUUCGGCUCCAAGUUAUGUAGAGACGGGACGGACUGUGUGCUGUAUAAUCACGUGUGUGACGGCGAGUUUGACUGUAAGGACAAGUCUGAUGAAGACGAGUGCCCUGUGCGGUGUGAAACUGGUCAGUUUCAAUGUGCACAUGGUAAGAAGUGCAUUGAGCAACGGCAGGUGUGUGACGGCGUGGCUCAGUGUCAGGAUCGAUCUGAUGAAGUCAACUGCACUAAGGAGGGCUGCGCUCAUCGUUGUGACAAAAACCGCUGCAUCCCAGAAUCCUUCCUCUGUGACGGAGACGCGGACUGUGCGGACGGCAGCGAUGAGGCCAGCUGUGGUGAGGAGAGUUGCAGCAGUGCCGAGUGGCGGUGCGGCAGCGGUCAGUGCGUGUCGGUCAGCAUGCGCUGCGAUGGACAUCCAGACUGCAAAGAUCAUUCCGACGAGGAGGACUGCACUGAACCUCCGCCAUGCAGCACGCAGCGCCGCUGUCCGAAGAGCCAGGAGUGCCUGCUGGACGAGUGGAUGUGUGACGGAGAGAUGGACUGCAAGGAUGGCACAGAUGAGAGGAACUGUAAGGAGUCUCCAGUGCAGUGCGGCGAGUUCCAGUGGCCGUGCUCCUCUAACACGCAGUGUAUUCCUCAAGCCUGGCGCUGUGACGGCUCUGAAGACUGUAGGGAUGGAAGUGAUGAAUCUGGUUGUCCGAGUGUGUCCUGUCCUCCUCACCUGUUCCAGUGUGGUAGUUCGGAGUGUGUGGACCCAUCUCAGCUCUGUAACAAAGUUACUAACUGUCUGGACGGUUCUGAUGAGGGCACGAGCUGCCAGACAGAUAAAUGCUCUGAACAGCCAAAGUGUGCACAGGACUGUCGCAGCACACCUUCAGGGACGCGCUGUUGGUGCAGGAUUGGCUACAAGCCUGUAGAUGACGGUCUGGGGUGUGUUGAUGUGGAUGAGUGUGUGGACCGUCCAGACUUCUGUUCACACUACUGUAACAACACUCAGGGCUCAUUUGUGUGCUUCUGUAGUCAAGGUUAUGUUCUGGAGCCUGAUGGUCACAGCUGCAAAAUCACAGGUGAGCCAUACCUAUUGAUGUCUGUGCAGUCCGAGGUCUUUCUGCUGGGUCUGAGGAGCUCCAGUCUGGACGUUCUCCUCUCGUCAGAGAAGCACUUUGUCCUGUCGCUUGACUACGACUGGCAGAAGCAGAGAGUGUACUGGAUCAACCUCAACACUGACAACAUAAAAUGGCUGUCACUGGAUCAGAAGAGCAAAGGAACCAUCAUUAAAGGGAUCAAUGCAGACAGUCUGGCUAUGGACUGGGUGGCGAGGAACCUCUACUGGGCUGACAGCGUCAACGGCCAGAUCAAUGCAGUGGGGCUGGACAGUGAUGCCGCCAAAACCACAGAUCGUGUGGUGAUCCUGGGUGAAGAUCUUGGGCAGCUUCGCUCCAUCGCUCUGCUGCCACAGAAAGGAAUAAUGUUCUGGUCAGAAACGGGGGAAAAGGCUCAGAUAGAAAGAGCAGGAAUGGACGGCUCAGACAGGCGUGUGCUGGUCAGUCACUCUCUCCGGUGGCCGGUCAGUCUGACUGUGGACUCCAUUCAUUACAGAAUCUACUGGACAGAUGAGAAACUCAAGUGUAUAGGAUCAGCCAAUAUUGAUGGAGGAGAUAUUAAGCUCUUGCAGCUGAUGGAGACCCCCAGUCCAUUCUCGGUGUCUGUAUUCAAUGAUAAGGUCUACUGGUCUGAUACCAAAAGAGGAACCAUUCAGAGAGCUCACAAAACCACGGGCAAACAGCACCAAGUCCUGCUCAAACGUCCUGGACAACCAUUCGGAUUGAAGGUCAUUCAUGCUCUUUUCCAAGUGGGCGUCUCUAACCCCUGUGUUUCCCAGCACUGCUCUCACCUGUGUGUUUUAGCACCAGGGCUGAAGGCCGUUUGCAAGUGUCCAACUCAGCUGAUGCUGGAUGAAGAUGGACUCACCUGCUCUAAACCCAAAGACUCCUCCUUCCUGCUGUUUCUUUCUCCUGCUGCAGUCACACAGAUUUAUUUACAGAGCAGACAGAGUGGCGUGAACUUACAAAACUGGCCUGAACAUCGCCGUUUAGACCUUCCUAACAUGAACAAGCCAACCAUGUUAGAUUUGGUGCUGCGUGACCUGACCCUGUAUGUGUCCGAUGGCAGUAAGCCCGUCGUGGGACUCUUUAAGAUGAAGGACACCACGCUGGUGCCUCGUGGGAAACUUCUCCAGCUACAUAAAGACUCACUGCGUGUGUUCGCCGUGGACUGGAUCACCCUGAAUGUGUACUGGAGCAGCGAGAAGCUGCCUGGCCUGCAGGUCACCACACCGGAGGGCACGCACACCAGUGUGUUAAUACGGGACGGUGUCGGAGCUAUUGAAUCCAUUGCUUUGGACCCACCCAGCGGACACCUCUGCUUUUCAAACAAAGUCCAGGAAAGUCAGAUGACCAGGGUGGAGUGUGCCUAUAUGAAUGGGCAGAACAGGACAGUGGUGUGGAGUAAUUCAGUCCGGCCAACUUCACUGCUCUUGACGGAUGAAGGGAAUAAACUGUACUGGGCCGACACUGGUCUUGCAGUAAUUGGUUCAGUUGGCAUUGAUGGUUCUGGAUACAAGGAAAUAAAGACAGAAGGCAGCUUGAUGGCAUUUGCUUUGGUUAAUAAAGUGCUUGUUUGGAUUACUAAAAAAGAUUCCACUAAGUGUUGGUUCAGUGACGAUGAGCACACGGGGAAGCUGUGGUUCGAAGUGGACUCCGAGAUCGUCAGUCUGAAAGCAUUCGCAAAGUCGAGACAAAAAGGCACUAAUCUCUGCUCUAAUGGUAAUGGAGGCUGCAGUCACCUCUGUCUUGCGUUCCCUGGAGGAAUGACGUGCCAUUGUGCCCACGAUCACCGCCUGGUCAACGGCAAAGACUGCAGCUCAGACCCCCGCUGCCCUGAAGGCACCAAACCAUGCCUGAGUGAAGACAUCUGCCUACCUCUGGAGCAGUUCUGCAAUGGUGUCGCGGACUGCCCAGAUCAUUCUGAUGAGAACUGUCUCCAAGAUACACAACAUAAAAAUGUUCGGAUCAAUCCUAAAUCGUUUCGUCCAGGUUUGAGUGAAAACGUCAUUCCAGAGAACGUGGAGUCUGCGGCGUGUGGCGUUACGCUGUGCAACGGCAACGGUAAGUGUGUGAGCCAGGACGGAGUGACCGUGUGUGUCUGUGAGGCGGGUUAUGGUGGAGAGCGCUGCCAGGUUGCUUCGGGUGGACUCUCACAGGGGCCGGUUCUGUACGGAGUAGUUGGACUGGCUGCCGCUGUGGUCGUCCUGGGGGUUACCGUCGGCAUCAUUCAAAAGAAAAAAGCCACAAAUCGGAGGCAAGCAGCACAAGCAGUGGAUGUGCAGGAAACAGGCAUGAAGGAACUAGAGAGACAUGAGCCGUCUUCAGCAAAACCUAAUGGAAAAGACACAGAAUUGUCAGAGGAAAACGUGGUAACGUCUGUGGACUAGCUUCAUCAUGUCAGCAUCUUGGUUUCUUUGAAAUAAAGUCUUUUUGCAUAUUGAAAAGUCAAAUUCACAGUUUAGUUUGCAUAAUUAACUUUGCCAUCUGUAAUCAAACUGUUUCAUAACUAAAAUUCCAUUCUUCAAUGGGUCUAAAUGAUGAAACUUCCCGACUUAGAUGACGAUAUCUUGGUUUACCACAUAGGUACAGCAGAAAUUAAUUUUUGCCACAGAACCACGUUGUGUACCUGUCAAAAUGAAAGAUUAAAGUCAAUUUUUAAGAAA